AUGGCGCACACCUCAAUAAGACACUCGGGGCGGUGCAUUUUCUGCGAAACGAUCGCAGCCCGGGGCCAGAGGUGCUGCCCGGGCGCACACAAUGCGCCCAAGGAGGUGUCCCCGCGAGGAAGGCACCGCCUGGUCCAGUCUUUUGUGAAGGAACCAAAAAAUAAGUUCACUUCCUCGGGCCCCCCGGCCCCCCAAAAGCAGAUGACAAGGCUCCUGCGCGCUGCCAGCGCGGCCUCCGCUUGGCCUCCGCAGCCGCUGCCGCGACCGCCCGCGCCGCCCGCGCCGCAGCAGCCCAAUGGGCGCGGGGCCGACGAGGAAAUGGAAUCGGAGGGCCUGGAGCCCCAAGACUCGGAGGCCUCCGGCGGGGCGGCCGCCGCCGCCGCCGAGGACGCCAAGGAGUUGCUGCUCCCUCCGGACGCGGGCGGCCCCGCCUCGCUGGGCGGCGGCGCGGGGGGCCCCCUGCUAGCGGAAAGGAACCGUCGGACUCUGGCCUUCCGCGGGGGAGGCGGCGGGGGUCUCGGCAACAAUGGCAGCAGCCGCGGCCGCCCCGAGACCUCGGCGUGGCCCCUCCGGCAUUUCAACGGGCGAGGGCCGGCGCCCGUGGAUCUGGAGCUGGACGCGCUGGAGGGGAAGGAGCUGAUGCCGGACGGCGCGUCCCUGAGCGACAGCACCGAGGACGAGGAGGAGGGGGCGAGCCCGGGCGACGGCAGUGGGGCGGAAGGCGGCAGCUGCGGCAGCAGCAGGCGGUCGGGAGGCGAUGGCGGGGACGAAGCGGAGGGCAGCGGAGUGGGAGCUGGCGAAGGAGAGACUGUCCAGCAGCACUUCCCGCUCGCGAGGCCCAAGUCCCUCAUGCAGAAGCUCCAGUGCUCCUUCCAGACCUCCUGGCUCAAGGACUUCCCCUGGCUGCGCUAUUCCAGGGAUACUGGCCUUAUGUUCUGCGGCUGGUGCCAAAGGACCCCCGAGGAUGGGGGCGGCGUGGACCUUUCCCCGGUCGGGCACGAUGAGCUUUCGCGAGGGACCCGCAACUACAAGAAAACCCUGCUCCUGAGGCACCACGUCUCCACCGAGCACAAACUCCACGAAGCCAACGCCCAGGAGUCAGAAAUACCGUCAGAGGAGGGGUACUGUGACUUUAAUAGUAGGCCAAAUGAGAACUCUUAUUGCUAUCAACUUCUUCGACAACUAGAUGAACAGAGAAAGAAAGAUAUUCUUUGUGAUGUCAGCAUUGUGGUGAGCGGGAAAAUCUUUAAAGCUCAUAAGAACAUCCUGGUUGCAGGCAGCCGUUUCUUUAAGACUUUAUAUUGUGUUUCAAACAAAGAAAGCCCUAACCAAAACAAUACUACCCACUUAGAUAUUGCUGCAGUUCAAGGUUUUUCAGUCAUCUUGGACUUCCUGUAUUCUGGGAACCUGGUGCUCACAAGCCAAAAUGCCAUUGAAGUGAUGACAGUGGCCAGCUACCUUCAAAUGAGUGAAGUUGUUCAAACUUGCAGAAAUUUCAUUAAAGAUGCCUUAAAUAUAAGCAUUAAAUCAGAAGCUCCAGAGUCUGUAGUUGUGGACUAUAAUAAUAGGAAACCAGUUAGUAGAGAUGGCCUGACUUCAUCACGGGAUCAAAAAAUCGCCAGCUUCUGGGCGACACGGAAUCUUACCAAUUUGGCAAGUAAUAUAAAAAUUGAAAAUGAUGGUUGUAAUGUCGACGAGGGCCAAAUAGAAAACUACCAGAUGAAUGACAGUAACUGGGUCCAGGAUGGUUCUCCUGAAUUGGCUGAAAAUGAAUCUCAAGGUAAAACAAAAGUAUUUAUUUGGAAUAAUAUGAGCUCUCAAGAGACCGGCAAAGCAAGGAGGAAAAACCAAACUACAAAGAGAUUUGUUUAUAAUAUACCACCUACUAAUGAAACAAAUCUAGAAGAUUGCUCAGUGAUGCAGCUACCUGUUGCCUAUCCAGAAGAAAAUAAGGCCCUGCUCAUCAAGGAAGAACCAGAUUUGGAUGGUCCACUACUCUCAGGGCCCGAUGGUGAUAGGACCGUGAAUGCAAGUUUAUUGGCUGAGGCCUGCAGUGGUCAAGAUGCAGGAGAUGCUGGAGCAUCACAUGAUUUCAAGUAUAGUUUGAUGCCUGGCACUUCAAGUGAUUUCAAGUAUGGAUUGCUACCAAGUACUUCAAAUGACUUCAAAUUCGGAUUGCUACCGGGUGCUUCAAAUGAUUUCAAGUUUGGAUUAUUGCCAGAAUCUUGGCCCAAACAAGAAACGUGGGAAAAUGGUGACUCAUCUCUAAUCAUGAACAAGCUAAAAUGCCCUCAUUGUAGCUAUGUAGCCAAAUACAGACGAACACUAAAAAGGCACUUGCUCAUUCAUACUGGAGUAAGAUCAUUUAGCUGUGACAUUUGUGGAAAGCUGUUUACUAGAAGAGAACAUGUAAAAAGACAUUCCCUGGUGCAUAAAAAGGAUAAGAAGUACAAGUGCAUGGUGUGUAAGAAGAUCUUCAUGCUAGCAGCCAGUGUUGGAAUAAGACACGGGUCUCGGCGCUAUGGAGUGUGUAUGGACUGUGCAGAUAAAUCUCAGCCAGGAGGACAAGAAAGUGUAGACCAGGGACAGGAUACAGAGUUCCCUCGGGAUGAAGAGUACGAGGAGAAUGAAGGAGGGGAGCCUGACGAAGAGCUGGCUGAGAAUGGGGAAGACCAGAAUGAUGCAUCCCGAUGGGAUGAGUCUGGAGAUGUCUGUAUGUCUCUGGAUGAUUAACUGAUCUACUAUGUUCCUCAAGAAUGCUGCAUUUGGACAUACUAUGAAUCGACAAUUUGGAUUGUUGAACUUGAAGGCUUGCAAAAUAUGGUACAUGCUGGAUGGUAGUUAUGUUGCUGUGAAAAACUGUAGGGUUAAAGCCUUAUAGCAAAAAAUUUUUUUUAUAUUUGCACAGGACUGUACAACAAACAACCGUGUGGUUGGAUACAUGGAGUCCCCACAUAUUCAGUCAGUUAUCAAAGUAAACUAUUUUUUAUUUAUAGGAUAUACAGUUAACUAUUGGGUUCUAUGAAAAUAUAGUACUUGUCCUUUAUAGAGCUCACAUUCAUGUGCCACUUUAACAUGAAUGAACAAAGUCCAUUUAUGGAAGUGCAGUGACAGUUGACCCAAUCACUCUGUCAAUCAAACCACUCAGGCUAGUUUGUACUAGUAGAGUUUUGUUUCUAUUUUUAUUUUAUUAAUUUUAUUUUUUUUAAUACAGAUUUUCAGUGAGGGGCUUUUUCAACCCCGUUGGUUCUAUUUUCUUGUAUUUUUUUCAUUUUAUUUGCUUCAUAACUUAAACCAAGUCUCUUCUAGUCUUAGAUAUUAUUUCUUAAUUUUGUGCUGAUAGGCAUGUUUAUAAGAACUGGAGAGGUAAUUUAUUGGAAUGAACUAACUGACUCCCCUGUCCUCCCUUCCUUUUUUGACAUGAAUUUUACUACUUCACAAAUGAAGAAUGAUGUUGCGAAGUUACCAUGGUGAAGCUGAUAAAUACCACUAAAAUGAUUAUGACAUAGAAGUAACUUUCUCCUGCUGCUCUAAUUGAUAAAUGGUUACUAUAUGAUGCUUUCUGACCUGGUUUUGGUUUUGGGUAUCUGUUACUUUGGCACAAUUCUUGUUUGCCUCUUAUCGUUUUGCCAGUGUACUAUACCUCAGCCUUAUUUGAAAUAUAGACGUCUAAUUGAAGAAAAGACAUAAAUACGUAAAAUGAUUUGUUUUAUAAUUUAUCCGCCAUGUCCAGUUUGGUUAGCAUGUUAUGCAAUAUAAGUGAAAUAUCAGGUUUUUUUCUCCUAUGCCCUUUUUUAUCAUUAAAAUUAACACAAAAUGUGCAUUCUCUUUUGUUUCAUACUUACCGGGAUAUUGAAUGUUUUUAAAUUGUGGUUGAUAAUUUACUUUUUCCAUUGCUUAAAGUCACCACGCCUUGAUGAAAUCUUUAUAGUCACCAUGAUUCAACAAUCUGCAAGAAAUAUUACAAAUAAAAUGUUGAGCCUUUAUUGUUCCAUUAUCUAAAUUCUUCAGGAGUCAGAGUGAUUCAUGUAGUUGAAACUACUAGAUUUAUUUAGCCUGGUGACAGAUGAAUUAGCUGAUAGUGGAACUCUCAGCAGCUUUUACAUGCUAACAUGCUGACAUAUAUCAGGAGCAUAUUAUAUAUUAUAUAAGAUUGAGAGACAUCAUAUUUUCAGCUUUCUUUUAAAUACAAAUUGAGUAUAUUUUCCUAUUUUAUAUCAAGUAACUAAAUUAUGCCAGUUGUGUGGAAGAAACCACAGAGCUGCUUUGACAGAUACAAUCUUUUUGGUGCUCCAUCUGGUCAAAAUUGAAUAGUUGAUUUUCUUUUUAAAGAGACAAACUUCAUCAUUGCCUCUGAUUUCAGUAGAAUAAUGGUUAGAUAUUGGACAGUGACUUUCUGCGUGGAUUAAUCAGAGAUGAAAUAGUACUGCCUGGUGAGAUGCACUCAUUGCCCUCUGAACAGUGUGAUAGAUAGUCUCUGAGUACCUGGGAGGCUGGCAGAAGAGGAAUUUUGCUUUGAUUUUUGUUUGAAAUGAAGAGUACAACUUAUUCUGUGUUUGAAACAAAUGAGUAAAAUGUAAUACUAGUAAAGUCCAAAGUAGACAUAGUUGGGCAGAGAUAUUAUGAAUGAAAAAGUAUUUUAAACGUAAAAUGUUCUGCUUUGUGAAUAUGUAAGUAUAGUAUAAAGAUUUCUUUCAUCCCAUUUAUCCCCUUCCUUUAAAAUAAACCAUAGUUUACAAUUGGUA